GGCUGACAGGAAUAUAAUAAGAGGAGAACUUCAAGCAGCACAGUCAGUCUGAGAGCGACCAAGAAAAUAGCAACAGGCCUUUGGAGUGAAACAGCAGAGAUAUUACUAAGGAGUAGUAUAAAAGGAACACUGCAAAGAUUAAGUACGUUUUUUUUUAAUUAAUGCUGUUAAAGAGACAGUGGCUGAGAAAAGGAAAAAAAAGUAAUAGAACAGAGAAUUCAACACCAGAAGAUUUGCCUGUGUAGAUUGUAGUCCAAAAGCUUUUCAUGCAAAACUCUGGGAGGAAAGCACAAGAGUGUCAAGAAACUUGACAGCAUCUCCUGAAGAGUACAAGACAACAUAAAGAUUGCUAUAACAACAAGCAACUUGGAAAAGUUUUAGAUUCAGGAUUGAGUCUGACCCUGCAGCAUGAGCAAUGUUUUAAAGAGAGCUUCUUACAACUGUUAAGCGGAGUCUUCAAAAGAAGUGCAUUUGAGAAAAGAAUAUGAAAAGACUUCAACAAAAAUUGUGAAAUUGACUGGAAGAAAACGAGGGAGUCUUUGAGUCUGAGGAAACUAAAAAUUUGGCACCACAAAACAGUGAUCACCACAUUGUGCAGCAAGUGGCCCCUUCAUCACUGACCUGUGAAAUGUUCCUGCAAAAAAUGAAUAGUAUAAAAGCAUGUGAAAAAUUGGAUUGAAGCCUCCUUGUUUUAACAAUGACUCAAAGCCUCCAUCUAGUGAAGAAGAUUUGACACUGCAAGAACCAUCAUGAUAUUAAUAUCUCCACCUGUUGACUCGACCAUCAAUGGAUGUGUCAAAACUGACCUCAUUCAGCAGCAUUAUAACUAUACUGGGAAAUUAAACAAGAGAGAGAAUACUGAUGGGAUGGGGCUAACAAAUGUGGCAUUUUUGAUUAUCUGCAGUUUCAUAGUCUUUGAGAACCUAAUGGUACUACUCGCUAUAUGGAAAAACAAUAAGUUUCACAAUCGCAUGUACUACUUUAUUGGUAAUUUAGCCCUGUCUGAUCUUCUGGCAGGAAUAGCUUAUAAAGUGAACAUCCUAAUGUCCGGUGAUAAGACAUUUAGUCUGACACCACUGGUAUGGUUUUUGAGAGAAGGUAGCAUGUUUGUAGCCUUGGGCGCCUCUACCUUCAGCCUGCUAGCGAUAGCAAUUGAGAGGCACAUGACCAUGAUAAAAAUGAGACCCUAUGACGCUAGUAAAAAGUACAGAGUUUUCCUCCUCAUUGGCGCCUCCUGGCUGAUUUCCAUUUUACUUGGUGCCUUGCCCAUCCUCGGUUGGAACUGUAUCUGCAACCUCCACGAUUGCUCAACCGUCUUACCUCUGUACUCCAAAAUGUAUGUUGUCUUUUGUAUCGGCAUCUUUAGCGCAAUUCUGCUGGCCAUCGUGAUACUUUAUGCUCGUAUUUACAUACUGGUGAAAACAAGUGGCCGCAAAGUUUUGAACAGAAAAUUCUCAAAGAACAACUCGGAGAGAUCGAUGGCUUUACUGAGGACAGUAGUGAUCGUGGUAGGAGUCUUCAUCGCCUGCUGGGCCCCGCUUUUUGUUCUCUUACUACUCGAUGUGGCCUGUAAGCCCAACGAUUGCAGCAUUCUUUAUAAAGAAGAUUGGUUUAUUGCAGUAGCGGUCCUCAAUUCUGCCAUGAAUCCCAUCAUUUACACCCUGGCCAGCAAGGAGAUGCGCCGGGCCUUCUUCCGCCUCCUCUGUGGCUGUCUGGUCAAUACCAAAGUAGCCAAAUCGUUGCCAAGUCAACCAGGCGGAGAAAAAAGCAAGUCCAAUAGUAGCAAUUCACAGAAGCCAAAGGAAGCAGAGCUCUCGCAAAUCAUUACCCCAUCAAGUGUAAUCAAGGCAAUGAAUCAAUCAAUGACCAAUGGAGAACUGUGAGCUGGUUGUAAGCUAACGUGCCUUAUUAAACAGUAUUAUUAACUUCUCACCUCUUGUGAACUUAAAUUAUUAUUUUUUUUAAACUCUUAGCUACCUUCAAACACUAAUUUUUUUUAAGACUCCAGAACUUUGCAAAGUUCUUUGGUUUCCUUUAGGUAUAUGUACGUUCAUAUUGAAUGCUUAGAUAUUAUUGCAUAUUGUACAAUGAGUUUUUACUUAUUUGUGUUACGAGUCCCACAAUAUCAUAAGCAUGUUAUUGUGAAAACAAGAGAACAUUGCACGUAUUUCUUACCCUUCAGAGAUUUUGUCAGGCUCACUCGCACCUGCCCUUUGCCCUGUCUCCACCCACAGUCUCAAUUUCCAGUGGGAAAAAGUAAUGAUAAUCAUAAACUUCAGAGCAUCAGCUCAGUGUUCAACACAGCCAGUGUUUCUGAGAGUGUUGUACCAGAUAAGGAAUUAUGAGCUUCACCAACAUGUUUUGUUAUACAAGUUCAGAGAAUCUGACCUACUGCAAGUUGCAAAUUUGUAACGUUUACACAGUAGAAUCACAAUUACUAUAGAGCAAUAGACCAUUCAGUCUAUCACGUUUUACCCUGGUGAUUUUCUCCAUAUGAGCCACCUUGUCUAAUCCUAUUCUUCUGGUAGUUACUUAUGCUCUCCUCUUUAAGCAUCUAUCUAAGUCCCACACUAUCAUAAGCAUGGGAAAACAAGAAAAAUAACCUCCACUUCAACUAUGGUUUGUGGCACAGUGUUCCGUGUUGUAAACGCCUGUUGAGUUAGAUGAUGUUUUUCUGACUUGCCCUCUGUAAUUUUCUUAGAUUUGUGCCCUCUCAUUACUGACUCACAUUGUAAUAUUAUGUGUUUUUUUAUAUAAAUAUAGGGUGAUCUGAUUGUGUGGCACAUUUGAAUAUUGGAAAGAUUUGAAUGAGAUGUAAUUGAAUCGCAUGAAAACAAGCAAAAGAAAGUGCCAUACCAAAAAAAUAGGAUGCUUUACGCACCUAAGGACAGUUUUGUAACAGAAGUUGCAGACUUACUAAUUCCCAGUGAUAUGAUUCAUUGUCCCUUUGAAUCAGUGGCAUUCAAGAAUGCUGGUAAUUGCAAUGUGGUUAGCUCUAUCUGUUGGGCUUGCAUUGACUGGGUAGGUAAAUAUUUCUUAAAGUGUCAACUUUGCCCUUUACCACCUAGUCACUGUUGUUUGAGUGUGCAUUUCCUGUCAGCAAAAACAACCACUUACAAAACCAGUAUUGGAUUACUGGCACUCCCUCUCCCAAAGCAUGUGUACCUAAUGACAAUAAGCAAUAAAUGUACAUUUGGAUCUUACAAAUAGUUAAAAGAUGUCAAAUCACUCAUUAUGGAGUGUGCAUGUCUUAUGUGUUGAAUCCUGCACAUGUGUAUGGCAAACUGAAUACAUUGUGUAUCCAUUGACUCUAUAUGUGUGUUGUAAACUGAAUGCAUUGUUUAUCCAUUGACUGAACCUGAAUACAUGUUUGGUUGAGAAGACGCCAUUUGAUACUCUGCACUGGUGAUGACAGUGUCAGUGUUAACUUUUUCAGUAUCUUAAGUCGGUACAGCAGCAGUGUGAAUGGUGUACUUCCUCCCUACAAAUGGCACAUACUCUGCAAGCAGAAGCAUGUCGAUGCUAGCUUUUAUGCAGUGCAUGUACUAUACCUGUGCUUUUGGCAACAAUCUGUUAUUUGCAGCUUUGUUGUUUUACAAAAAUGGCUUUCGUUAUUUAAGGAACACUCCUAGCUUUGUACAGUGCAAUGUUAUUACAGCGUAGUUUUCAAUGUAGUGUGCCACUUACAAUGGUGCAGAUGAGCCAUGCCUGUGCUUAUGUGUAAAAGUGCCAGCGUAGAAGUCAUGUAUGUUCUAGUUUUCAAAUAAAGGUGUCUUAAUCAAG